CGACAACAACAAUUUAUACCCCCAUGGCCCCCCCCAGCGUCGCCAGUUCCUCCUCCUCCGUGAUACGGCAGCGGAAUCACAUGGCGGAGUCAGAAGCUGGGCCCUCCACCAAGACACCGUCGCUCCGAUCACGGUCCUCUGCGCGCUCAGCAGCCUCUUCUCCUAUAUCUCCGAAGGGCAAGGAAAGGGAAGAACCCUCAGAUCAAGCGGACAGUGAGGAAGAAAGCUCGAGCGAGGAUGAAGAAAACGUCACAGAGUCUGAGAGUGGAGAAGAGUCAGUAGAGGCAGAUGGGGCUGGUCACGGUGACGACGCGAUCAAUGGACUCGAGGAGCACGGAGAGGACGAAGACGAUGAAUCAGAAGACGAGUCAGGAGAUGGGUCAGAUGAAGUGUCGGACGAGGAAGACAUUGACGAGGAAAGCGACGAGGAAGAGGAAGAGCCGGCACUGAAGUACAGCAAGCUGCAAGGUCGUAUACCAGAGAUACUAGCCAAAGACACAGCUUCCACUAUAUCUGUAUCGCCAAGAUUCAUCGCUCUGGGCACGCACAACGGCAUGGUCCAUGUCCUGAGCUACGAAGGUGUCAAGGUCAACUCAUUUCGGCCCCACGCUGCCGGUGUGACAUGCUUGCGAAUGGAUGAGAGUAACGACUUUGUGGCGACCUCAAGUGUCGAAGGUCGGGUCGUCAUACAUUCCUUGACCACGCCUGAAUCCUACGCUUUCGACUAUAAACGGCCCAUGCGAGCUAUAGCGCUAGAUCCCAAUUAUGCCAAGAAGAAGUCGAGAGCAUUCGUCUGCGGAGGCAUGGCAGGCAACCUCAUACUGCAAGAGAAAGGCUGGAUGGGCUACAAAGAGCAAGUCCUGCAUUCCGGCGAGGGACCCAUCUGGGCCAUCGAAUGGCGAGGGAAUCUCAUAGCAUGGGCCAAUGAUCUCGGCGUCAAAAUAUACGACACCAGCACCGGCCAACGCAUAGGAUUCAUCGACCGCGGCCCCUCCGCCCCUCGAGCCGAAUUAUUUAAAUGUACCCUCCAAUGGAAGGACGACCGCACACUUAUCAUCGGCUGGGCAGAUUUUAUCAAGAUUGUCCGUGUCCGCUCCCGGCCCUCUGCGCCUGGAUCGGGCAACCUCCACCCUCUGACGGUGGAAUUGACGGCUGUCUACCAGGUGGACUGUAUGCUAUCGGGCAUUGCUCCGUUCGGUGGAUCGUAUGUCGUUCUGGCGUACAUUGCGCCGGACCGAUACGAGAACGAAGCUACGGACGACCGGAUGGAGCAGCGGAGAAAAGCCGCCAACAGGCCGGAACUGCGGAUCAUCGAAAAGGGAGAGGAGAUCAACGCCGAUGCUCUCAGCUUGGGAAACUAUCACAUGUACGGGUGUAACGACUAUACCCUGGUGAAAUCCCAAAAGCUCGGAGACGAGGCUUUCCUGGUGGUCAGUCCGCAGGACGUGAUUGAAGUACGGCCGAGAGACGAGGCCGACCAUGUUGAAUGGCUGGUGGAGAAGGAACGGUAUGAAGAGGCGUUGGAAGCUGCUGAGGAGCUGCGGAAGAAGCAUGGAGGGGUACUGGAUGUGACGGGCAUUGGGCUCAAGUAUAUGCAGCAUUUGGUCGAUGAAGAACAUUAUGAUCAGGCUGCGGCUUUGGCGCACAAGGUCCUUGGGCAAGAUGUUUCUGCUUGGGAAAAGUGGAUAGACAUCUUUGUACAACAUCAGCAACUCCCGGUCAUCAUACCUCAUAUACCCACAAAGAACCCCAGGCUCAGUAAGCCUGUCUAUGAGACAGUCUUCAGCCAUUUGCUACUCAACGAUAAGCCUACUCUCGUCAAGACGAUAACCUCCUGGCCUACCGACAUUUACAACCUCCCCACCCUCAUCGAAUCUAUCCAAAACGAGCUCGACGCCACCAACGACGACCCCACUCUUCUCUCCGCCCUUGGAGAGCUGUAUCUCAUCAACAGACUCCCGGCCAAAGCGCUGCCAUACUUUUUGAGACUGAGGAAGCCUUAUGUCUUUGAGCUGAUCAGGGAGCAUAAUUUGUUUGGGGCAGUGCAGGAUCAAGCUAUACAGCUGGUGACGUUUGAGGAGGAGAGGAAGGAGGCAAAGAAGAGGGAAGAACAGGAGAAGGCUGACAAGGGUGAAGCGGAGACAGCCGAAGAACAAAAGGACGAUGGAGAAGCUGUCCCGGGCGAGAAAAGUAAACACGGGGCAGCGAUCAAGUUGCUGGUGGAUCAUGUCCAUUCAAUACCUAUUGACAGAGUCGUCCAUCAAUUGGAAGUGGAGCCAAAAUUUUUGUACAUGUAUCUCGACGCUUUACUAGACAAAGACCCGCAGUUCUGCCUACCGUAUAGCGACACAAUGGUAUGUUCCUUUCUUGAGACUUUUGUGAAAAAGCUUGCUAAGCUUGAUCGAUAGGUCGAGCUCUACGCGGCAUAUGAUGUCGAAAGGCUCAUGCCCUUCUUGCGCGGUAGCAACUUUUAUGACCUGGAGAAGGCUUACAAAGUUUGCAAAGAGCGAGACUAUGUGUCUGAAAUGGUGUUCUUACUCGGCCGGAUGGGCAACAAUAAGCAAGCUUUGAUGCUGUUGAUCGAGCGCCUGGGAGAUGUUCAAGGGGUCAGUGAUGACUUGAAAACACACACGACUCGGGCUGACGUCUCUUAGGCUAUCGAGUUUGCAAAAGAGCAAGCCGACGAGGAUCUCUGGGAAGACCUCCUCAAAUACUCUGAGACCCGACCUCUCUUCAUCCGCGCUCUGUUGGAACACGUCGGAGCUGAGAUCAAUCCCAUCCGCCUCAUCUCGCGUAUCCGCGACGGUCUGGAGAUCCCUGGGCUGAAACCCGCUCUGGUAAAGAUCCUACAAGCAUCGAAUUUACAAGUGUCGUUGCUGGAGGGGUGUCAGAGAGUACUGAACGGGGAUUGUGCGGGACUGAUGGGGAGGCUGCAGAAGGCGCAAGUGGGAAGUAUGAAAGCUGCUUGUGAGUUUGGCAGGUGUAACGGAGACUGAGUGCUUACAAGUGCAGCAACGAGCACCUGCGUCGUAUGUUCUAAGGCAGCUUUCGAUCCUCUACAGCCCGAGCUCGCCCUCAUCUACCUCUGCCGCCACCUCGUCCACGCCACGUGUGUCUUGCCUGAGGACGUUGAACUGCCUCGACGGCAGGAAAACCCAUCUGUCACAUAUCUUCUGCAGGACAACGACAAGAGUGGAGGAGUCAGCAGUCAGGCGUGGAAGACUAGGGCUCUUGGGGCGACGUUGGGCCAUGCGGCAGCUGUGAGAGUAAGAGUAAAGCAGUGUCCUAUCUGUGAGAAGCAAGGGUGAGAGGUAGCUACUGUAUAUACGCCUGUAAUUGUACCUUUUAGCAUUGUGCAUUUCGGCCAGUGGCCAGCUGUCAUUCCAACAAAAAACCAGGCUAGGCCGCUAGGGAAAGAGGGGCGAGGGCAGCUGACUGUUGACACCUGAGACCAGUGGCCAGGCCAUUCCAGUGCGAUCCAGUGAAGCUUGGUUUGGCGCGUCGCGUACGUACGGGCCUUCUGCGUUUAAAGUGGGUUUUCAGGGACAUACAUGUCGG